GCAUAUGAAUCCCCUUUUAUUUUAGCCUCUAGCCAAGUAGCCAACCCUCUUACUUCCCUUUCAAAAACCACGGCCAGCACAAACAUUACCUACAGAGAGCCAGCUAGCUUUCCAUAGAUCGAUCAUGGGUUCUACAGCCAGCGUGGUUCCCAGAAUCCCGGUCAUCAGCCUACGUGGAGACGCGCUGACGGAGCAAGGUGCUGACUGGACAUCAGCCUGCAGAGCCACGAGGCUGGCUCUGGAGGAGUACGGGUGGUUCGAGCUGGUGUACGACGUCGUCGAGCCGACGGAGGAGGUUCACGGCUCGGUCCACGGCGCCAUGGAAGAGCUGUUCAGCCUUCCUCGGGAGACCAAGAUGAGGAACAAGAGCCCCAGGCUGGCUCAAGGCUACUCCGGGAAGAACUCGGUGCUGCCGAAUUUCGAAGGGCUGGGGCUCGAUGGCGUGACCGACAAGGCAGCGUGUGAGGCGUUCACUAACCUUAUGUGGCCUCAAGGCAAUCCCCAUUUCAGUGAUGUGGUGCAUCGUUACGGGUUAAUGAUGGCGGAGGUACAGAAACUGGUGGUGAAGAUGGUGGUGGAAAGCUAUGGGAUAGGGAAGGAGAAGGAGGAGGCCGUGGCCAACUCCACCACCUAUCUCCUGCGACUUCUGAGGUACGAAAGAAGCCCAACGGUGGAGACCAAUAUUGGACUCAAGGCCCACAUCGACAAGUCCUUCAUCACCGUUCUCCAUCAGAACCACGUUCAUGGGCUUGAGGUCCGGUCCAGGGACGGUCAAUGGAUUCCUUACCGCCCUUCCUCACCCUCCUCCUUCGCCGUAUUAGCCGGCGAUAUCCUCAUGGCAUGGAGCAAUGACAGGAUCCAAUCGUGCUACCAUCGGUCGUUCAUCGACAGCGACGAGACGAGAUACGUUGUAGGGUUGUUUACAUUCGUGACGGGGAUUAUUGAAGCACCUGAGGAACUUGUCGAUGAAGAGCACCCGUUGCGGUACAAGCCAUUCCUCAAUCAGGACUUCCUCGACUUCUACGCCUCGAGUACAGUCCCUGAUAAGAAUGAGGCCAACAUGGUUAAACUCUACUGUGGGAUUUAA